AUGAAAAUAACUCAAAUUUUGUUAGGUAAUCCAGCCCUUGAGCAAAUUCCCCCAGAAAGUUCAGCAAUCACGUUUGAGGGGUUAAGUUCGGCGUCUGAGAACUCUGAUAUGUCCAUUCUGGAAUCAACAACUGAGAGUUUAAGAAACACUGGAACAGAAAAUCUUCCUCCAACAACAAUUGCAUUUAACGCUGAAAGCGUUUCCAGUGUUUCUGACCUAGGAAGCUCGCAAUCUAACAGUCAAAAGCUAACAGCCGCAGCAGCGUCUACUAAUUUGCAGGCCACAAUCAAGCAAAUUACUUCAACUAACAAUAAAACAAGCACUGUAAAGUCGUCCUCAUUAUCUGCCAAUAAGCCUACCUCGCCGAUACAAACUGCUACUUCUUUUGUGACAAAACUUGCCUUAACUACCGUAGCAAAAUCUACCAGCAGUGCACCUACACCAAGCACUUUUAAGUUAUCCUCAUUAUCUACACAAAAGACAACCUCACCAAUGCAAACUGCUACUUCUUCGGUGACGAAAAUUUCCGCAACAACCACAAUAAAAUCUGCCAGCAGUGCACCUACGACAAAGUUGUUCUCAUUAUCUACCACAAAGUUACCCUCACCGAUACAAACGGCUACUUCUUUGGUGACGACAACAAAGCAACUAAUUACGUAUGGAGGGGUGACAACAACGUCGAUCAAGCCUCAGACGACUGUGACGACAAUUAAAUCCUCAAUUCCAAUUACAACCACAACUCAAUCAAUGACCAGUACCAAGAUUACUACUAAAAGAACCACAAUCACAUUUACAAACCGCCCCACUAUAAGCACAACCACCACUGUUAAAACUACAACCAUUUCCCGACCUUUAUCGAAGGAGAGGCUAUUCAACUGUUCCACUCAGCAGUGCCACAAAAAUAGCACGCUUCUAAAAGAUGACCCUGCAAAGAUCCUUCGAGCAUCUUGGUUCACUGCCUGUGAAUAUUCUUUUAUUUUUGGAACGUCUCUAGUCACUUGGGAAGAUAAUUUUAAGUUGUGCUGCAGUGUGAACAUGACUCCUAUAGCAUUUGAAAACGACAUCAAACGAACCUGUCUAGAAAAAUCAUUAGACUAA